UGUGUAUCCAGUGAUGGUCUCUUUCCUCAUUUCGUCACUAUUGUUUCCUUCUGGUUUUGGACAAUUUAUGGCUGGAGAGCUGACACAGAACGAGGCUUUGGUCACAUUACUGGACAACCGCACAUGGACUAAAGACGGCAUCGCUGAAGAGUUUGACUACAUUGGAAACGCACGAGUCUGGAUGCACCCACAAGUCACCGUCUUCGGCACACUGGCCCUUUUCACCAUAAUGAGAUUCUGGAUGUGUGCCUUGGCCAUCACCAUGCCAGUGCCCUAUGGAGCCUUCAUGCCAGUACUUGUCAUUGGGGCCGGCUUGGGGCGUCUGGUUGGAGAAUGCAUGGCAUACUGGUUCCCGGAAGGCAUUCAUGCAGGUCAUGCUAUCUAUCCCAUAGUGCCAGGAGGCUACGCUGUGGUGGGUGCUGCAGCUUUGUCCGGAGCAGUCAGCCACUCAUUUUCCACCGUGGUCAUGGUGCUUGAGUUGACUGGACAGAUCUCCCACCUUCUGCCGGCCCUGAUAGCAGUGGUCCUGGCCAACCUUGUGGCCCAGUCCCUGCAGCCCUCCAUCUAUGACUCCAUCAUCAAGAUAAAGAAGCUUCCCUAUCUCCCAGAGCUGGGCUGGGGUCAGCACGAGGUGUAUAACAUUCGUGUGGAGGACAUUAUGGUGCGCGACGUGCAGUACAUCACACUCAGCUGCAGCUACAGAGACUUGCUAAACAUCCUAAUGAAAAGUCGACUAAAGGCUCUACCCCUGCUCAAAUCAGCUGAGUCAAUGAUCCUGUUGGGUUCCAUUGAGCGUACCCAGCUCCAGUCGCUGCUCUCGCAGCAGCUCAGCUGUGCCAGACGUCUGCAGUGCAUCAAAGAACGAGGCGCUGAGGCGAAGAAGCUCCUCUCCACUGAGUCGAACCCACCCAGCAAUAACAACAGCAGCCUGCAGACAGGCCCGGAGGAAGGCCACAUCCAGGUCACUAAUGAGGAGCUGAACCCGCCGCCUGUGGUGGAGCGACCCACUGAGCUUUCCAACAGCUCACGAGAUGAAUCAGGAGUCACACUGAGAAGCAUUUUCUGUGCUAGUUCAGAUGCAGAAGAGGUACAAGAUGAUCGAGAUGUUCAAGAUCCCACUAGUGAGAUUACAGACUGGGAGGCAAGGCAACUUGAUGAGAGGGUCAACUUCAACAACUGCAAGAUUAACCCUGCCCUGAUCCAGCUGCUGGAGUGUACAUCACUGCAUAAGACCUACACCAUCUUCUCUCUGCUGGGCCUCGACCACGCCUACGUCACCAGGAUCGGACGCCUCAUCGGGGUGGUUUCCAUCAAAGAACUCCGUAAAGCCAUAGAUGGCUCAAUGACUCUGAAAGGUGUGAAGGUAGCCCCCCCUAUGGCCACCUUCAGGAACAGCAGCUUGAGCAGCAGCCAGAAUGAGACCACCUAUCUCCAAGCUGUGAGGCCACCAGAAGAGCACGUCACCGAUGCACCAAAGCACGUCUGCUGACGUGACCAACGGCAAGUCUCGGGAGGAGAAGGAGGAAAUGUCAAAGUGCUCAAGUCUUUAAUCUCCCAAAGCUACACGUGCAAAAAUCAAAUACAGACAGUGCAAUGUGUAUAGGUCUGUACAUUAGGGGGGCAGAUGCCUCAGCUUUUGUGUUUUCCUGUUUCCACUCUCACUCCUUUCUUCUUCACUGACAUACCUAAUAGUCAGGUGUUAAUUGUCAUAUAUUAUUGGUUAUGUCUUAAUAGUCAGGCUGAGAGCUGAACCCGUGCAAGCAGACGUGCUCCCUGCCAGUGAUGGAGGCACCUGUAGCUAAUCUCAUCCUGUCGCCACAGCUCUCACAGGCAUAGAAACACACCUGGAUUGUAGUCCAAAUGCUCAUUUCACAAGUGCCUCCUCUUCGUUAUCACCAGGAAUAAGCAGAGAGUGUGAGUGUGAUAAGUGAGGUUUUCCCAAAGGAGAGCAGGGGCGCGGGGAGUCAGUUUGACCACAUUCCACUCGUACUAAAACUUUAACCACAUGUGAAUUUUCCACGUACUAUGUAGUAUGUUCAGAUUAAGGCUUAACUGUUACAAUUUCAUUAAAGAUGAAGGAUUUGAACUAAAAAAAAAUUUGAUGUGAUAUUUUUCAGUUUCAUGACUCAAAAUAGUUGCUUCAUAUUUACUGAGGGUAAAAAUUGCUUCUUUUUGUGUGGAGUUUAACCCUCACCCAACCAGACCGAGUCAAACACUAUCCUGACCUAUCUCACCUUUACACCAAAAUCAGACAUUGUGUUGUCAAUCAACAGUGAAUAAAUGCAUGACAUUUUAACAAA